AUGGAAUUUGAAUGCCAACGUGGUUUCAAUACUUUUUUAAUUUUAUGGGACUCAUAUUAUAUUUCUAAAGCAAAGUAUUCAAAUUGGACUAUCAGUUUUAAUUUUGCAAGUCACAAUAUAACAAUUGAAACAAAAUCUUAUUAUAAUGAUGAUAAAAAUGAAAUUUAUAAGAAUAUAACCGAUUUUAGUUAUUAUCUUGAUAAUGCAUUUAACAAUAAUUCAAUACCUUUUCAAGAAUUUGGUCAAGAGUAUAGACCUUUAGUAAUGAUUUCAGUGAAUACAGAAGCAGCAAAAGAUUUAAUACAGCUUAACCUGGAUUUAUCUGGUUUUUACUCACCUUUCGUUCCAAUAAAAGGAAGUAAAGGGGAUUUGAAGUAUUUAGGUUUUGUUCCAUUAGGUGCAGUUUUUAAUGGAAAAUACAAUUUUUCAUUAAUUACAUUAAAAGAAUCCAUUCGAUAUAGUUGUAAAACUGGAGAUUUUAAAAUUCCAAAAUUUGAGAAUUUUAAUAUGACUAUAGAUUUAUUGGAGACUAAUAAUCAACCGAUAUUUGAGGUAGAAUUCAGUGUUUCAAACCCAAACUUAAAUAUUUUCCCACAUGCUAAAUAUACAUCAGGUUAUAAACAACUAAUACUUGAUUUCCCAUUUGGAUAUGUACUUAGUCCAAACGUAAAUUUCAAAAACUCUGUUGUUCUUUUUAGGAUUAAUAAUACUUUAAAUAAUGAAAUUUCAAUAAAAUCAACUGUCCACGAUAUCCUAUAUGAAAGUAUAUAUAUUAGUAACAUUACAAAGGGAGAUAUUUAUUUGGGAACAUAUGAAUUUGUAAUGAAUCCUAUGUAUGGUGCAGUAAUUCAAUUAUUUGACACUUUAAAUAAAAUUGAAAUCAUUAAGAAAGAUGAUUUUAUUUCCUUAGACCCUUUAACUCAAUUUUCAAAUACUCAAGAUAUGAAUUUUAAUUUUGAUUUAAAUAGUUUUAAUAAUAUUACUUUUUUAAUAAAUGAUUUAAAUUUAAUCAAUAAUACAGUUUCAAAUAUUAUGUAUUUAAAUUCAACUGAUAUACCAAGAGACUUACCAAUGGUUUUGGGAUUAUCUGAUCCAAUCUCAUUAAAUAGAGAAAUAAUAUAUCCUUUUUAUUAUAACUCAACAUCAGAUUUAUUCUAUUGCAAAUUUAUUAUACCAAAAAACAAUAUAUUUGGUGAAAUUGAUUUUAAAAUCCUUACUCAAUCAGAUAGAGGUUAUUUAAAUACUUUUUUAAAUUUAAUUCCUAGUGGUUUUUUACCAAAUAGUUUAAGAGUAAAUCAAACAUAUUUAGAUAAUCAAGGACCAGUAUUCAAAAAAAUUGAAAGAAUUGGUGUGAAUCAAAUUUUUUCAAAUGUUAAUGGAUUAGGAGUUAAAUCAAGAUUAAUAGGUUGGAAUUUUUUUAUUAAAGAUGAUUAUAAUGGUUUUGAAAGUGGAUUUAUAAAAGUUAUUGGUUCAGUUGAUAAUUCACUUAAUAGUUUUAAUUUUACAAGUGAAGAUUUUUCAAGUGGUGAUAAAUGGAGUGGUACUUAUCAAAUGCUAAUAAACGUUUCUUAUCCAUGUAUUUCUCAAUCAUUUAUAACUACUCACGUUUUAUUAAAGGAUACAAAUAAUAUAGAGAGUGAAUUUAAAUUAUAUUCCGAAUUUGGGCCAAAUUCAAUUCAAAACCCAUUUUUAAAUUUUUAUAAUCAAAGUUUAGUUGUAAAGUGUAUUUCAAAUUUAACCUUUAUAAAUGAUACAAUUGCACAUUAUUCAUGUUCAACAGAAAUUCCACUUGGUUUUGGUAAUCCUGAUCCAAUUUUAUUAUCACUCUAUGGUUUUAUUGGUAAUAGUGGUUUUUACAAUGGUUUUUCAACAUCAGAUUUAAUGAAUCAUAAUUCUUACUAUAUAAAUACAACCAUUUCAUUUGGUAAUACAAUUAUAAAAUCAACUGGUUUAUUCUAUUCAGAUAGUGAUAGAUUAGUUAAUAUUGUUCAAAAUUCAAAUGGUAAAAUUUCAAAUAUCUAUAAAGUAAUUCCAAUUUAUUUUAAUAUUCAUCCCUCAGUUAAACCAACUGAAACACCUUCAACAACAGUUAAACCAACUGAAACAUCUUCAAUAAAUCCUCCACAAUUAUGUAUAGGUAAUCCGAUAUGUGGUGGUAGCAAUCAAGGUUAUUGUGUUGAAAAUGUUGGAUGUAUUUGUUAUCCUCCAUAUGUUGGUACAUCAUGUCAAUCAAAAGUUAUAAUUAUUAAUCCACCAAUUAUAAAUCCAAAUAAUCCAUCAACAAAUUUAACUUUUAAUGAUGAUGAUGAUGAUAAACCAUCAUUAAUUGGUUUAAUUUCGAUUAUAUCUUAA